UUGUUUUGUAUCCUUGCAUGCUGUCACUCAGUGUCUCAGUCUUCUUGAAAAGUCUGCUGGAAACGUGUUGUAUCGAGACUUUGUUAUCAAAAUUUCGUCGUAUCGUCAACAAUAUAAUAAUGGGAAAAACCUCAAAAGAUAAACGAGACGUUUAUUACAGAUUGGCUAAAGAAGAAGGAUGGAGGGCUCGUUCGGCUUUCAAACUACUACAAAUUGAUGAAGAAUUUCGUAUAUUCGAAGGAGUUAAAAAUGCAGUGGACCUCUGUGCAGCUCCAGGCAGUUGGAGCCAAGUGUUAACCAGAAAGUUACAUAACAAAGAUGAAAAUGUUUCUGCUAAAAUUGUCGCUGUAGAUUUGCAAGCGAUGGCACCUUUACCUGGUGUCAUUCAAAUUCAAGGUGACAUCACACAGUUAUCUACAGCAGAAAAAAUUAUUUCCUAUUUUGAAGGGGAAAAGGCAGAUUUGGUUGUCUGUGACGGUGCACCAGAUGUUACUGGAUUGCAUGACAUUGAUGAAUAUGUCCAAGCCCAACUGCUUUUAGCAGCCUUAAACAUCACCACUCAUGUUCUCAAGGAUGGUGGGAUUUUUGUUGCCAAAAUCUUCAGGGGACGAGAUAUUACAUUGCUUUACUCACAGCUUAGAAUAUUUUUCCCUAAAGUCACCGUGGCAAAACCAAUGAGUUCCAGGAAUUCAAGUAUAGAGGCAUUUGUUGUCUGUCAGAAUUAUUCUCCUCCAAGUGGCUACAUCCCAAAUAUGUCAAAUCCUCUGUUGGACCACCAAUAUUGUGACUGGAAUGAAUGGGAAGGUCCUAACAGAGUGAUAGUGCCCUUUUUGGCAUGCGGUGAUCUCAGUGCGUACGACUCUGACAUGAGCUAUCCUUUGGACGCAGAAUAUAAAUUCCGACCACCAACACAAACUCCGAUAAAUCCACCGUACCAAGAAGCCGUUUGCAUAAGGAAACAAGAUCAAUUAGCAAAGCCUGCAGUGGAUCAGCUUACCAAAAUGGAAUCUCUUGAAUUGAAGGAAUAGAUAGUAGUUUACUUCGUCACGACAAAUGCUGAAGAAAUAUCGUUUGUUGCAACAUUUUUCAUUGCUGUUGUAUUUUCUAGUAGAUGAUUAUGCCUCUAACUAAUCAUUCAAAUAUUAAUCAUCUACCAGAAAAUAUAACAUUUAAUAAACAACAAAGGAGGACUUGGUCUAUGCAA